AACAAGUAUUUACCACUUUUAUCAACGAAAAUUUUAUUUUAAGUGAAUUUAUUAACAAUUAUUGAAAACAUAUUAUUGUACAUCUACAUUAAAUUAGACCUAUGAACUUGUAUUAAAUAUUUAAUUUAUGACAAAUAUUUAUUAAGUUAUUCAAUAUAGAUUUUAUCAUAUGCUAAUGAAAUUAAAAGAUUUAUUGUUAAUAAUAUUAGAAUUAAUAUUUUUGAAGAGUAUUAAUUCGUUGAUAAGAGAAUCGUACUAGCGGCAUCUAUCACGUUACUAUUCUAUUAUGGUAAAUAAUGGUAUAAGAUCUGUCGACAUCGUAUAAAAACAACGUUAAAGAUAUUAAUUUAUUUUAAUUAAAAGGUGCGAUUAAAAUGUCCGAUGAAUCGGAAUACGAUGUAGAGCCUGAAGAGUUUGAUAUUUAUAAACGAAAGUACCAGUUGUUACUUGAUAGAUGUGAAGUUUUGCAGCAGGAGAAUGAAAGAUUAGUGUAUCGAAUUCAACGAGUAAGAAAACUUCUUAAACGUACAAGAAAGGAAAAAAAAUUUUUAAUUGAUCGUUUGGAUCAACAUGGUGAUCGUUGGCGAGAGGCACCUAUGGGAGUUCUCGAAGAAAAUAACAUAUUUCAAGUAACAACUAAACCAGAAAAAACAAAGGCUGCUGCCCAUAAUUCUAAAGAGGAAAAAACGAAAAAAGUAACAAAAAGAAAAGGUGCAAAAACUGAUCCAAAUGCACCAAAACGACCAGCGAAUCCAUUCUUCCAAUUUUGUCAAGAACAAAGACCUCGAGUUAUGGAACGCUUAGCUGGAGAACCAGAACCAAGCAAACAAGAACUCACUAGACAACUUGCAACUACUUGGAAAUCUCUUAGUUCAGAAGAUAAAAAAGUAUAUUACGACAUGUACGAACGAUCCAAAGAAAAAUAUGUUGCUGAAAUGCAAAUAUAUAAUAAAAAAUCGGAAGACACACCAAAUCAAAUGUCUUUAAAUAUAACAUAGUAUUAAUAUUUAAGAUUAAUAAUAUUUGUAAAUACGUAAUUUAUAAUUAUAUGUUU